GCAUAUGGUGCAUUUUGAAUUCAAACAACUGGUCCUGCUCUCACUGCGCCCACACCUCAACCCCCUACCGCCGCUCGCGCCAAUGAUGUAAUACUAUUUUAACGGCUGGGGGCGCGGCUGUAACCGGCAGCUCCGCCCUUCGAGCUAAUAGCGAUCGGGCAUAGAGAACUCCAGCCGCCUGUGGACUGUGGGAGGAUCUAACGGCAGCGCUCCGCUCCUCCACGGCCAGCCAAACACUUGAACACACACUGCGCCAAGCAAAAACGAAACCUUCAGUUUUGAAACUUCAGUUUGAUAAGAAGUGAUGGCAGCUAUCCGUAAGAAGCUGGUGAUUGUGGGAGAUGGAGCCUGUGGGAAAACCUGCUUGCUGAUUGUGUUCAGUAAAGAUCAGUUCCCCGAGGUCUACGUGCCUACAGUGUUUGAGAACUACAUCGCUGAUAUAGAGGUGGACAGCAAACAGGUGGAGUUGGCUCUAUGGGACACAGCUGGUCAGGAAGACUAUGAUCGGUUGAGGCCAUUGUCAUAUCCAGACACGGAUGUUAUUCUGAUGUGUUUCUCUAUAGACAGUCCAGAUAGUUUAGAAAAUAUUCCAGAGAAAUGGACGCCAGAAGUAAAACAUUUCUGUCCCAACGUUCCCAUCAUCCUUGUGGGCAAUAAAAAGGACCUGCGGAAUGAUGAACACACACGCAGGGAGCUGAUUAAGAUGAAACAGGAACCUGUAAAACCAGAGGAGGGCCGUGACAUGGCGAACAGGAUCAGUGCAUUUGGAUAUUUAGAGUGUUCGGCUAAAACUAAAGAUGGAGUGCGGGAGGUGUUUGAGAUGGCCACCAGGGCGGCACUGCAGGUCCGCAAGCGCAAGAAGAGAGGCGGCUGCCUGCUGUUAUGAGCCACACACUGCGACAUACACACACACCUCUAUGUACCUUUCAGCUACUGACCCCAGGAAAAGCCUGCAGCACCCACCGCGUGCCACAUUUCUCACAAUCCAGGUGUGGAUGACCGAAAAUAUUUAUAAGGGAACCAAAGUGUGUUGUCGGUACCCAAUACCUCUCCAUCCUGCCAUAUUUCUCUUUUUUUCCUUUUCCUUUCACCAGCAUACCUUCCUUCCUUCUCUGGGAGAAAUACUGACUGAUUAAUUUUGUAUUUGUACAUAAAUCUUCCCUGUCUUUUUCGGUUCUGGUUUACAGUUAUUCUAUGCCUCUGUAUAUGAUGCUCAGUCAUUUAAGUAAAA